GCCGACUGUGUUAUCAUAUUGUGAACGUGCAGGUCUAAACCACAACACGUGACACUUGCUUCAGUAGUGACUGAAUACCGUUACACUAGCCACGUGACACGCGCUGCCACGUGAUAUGAUCCUUUUAUCUGCCUGUUAUAGCCCUGCGUAUAGUCUGAGGAUAAUGUUGAUCGCAACAGAGUUACACUGAUCACAAGAACGCAAACACUUUAACAAACAAACAUGAAGGCAGCAUGCGCAGUUCUUCUACUGGCCCUUACUUCCUCCUCCCUCGGAGCGCCUCAGGGCAACCUGCAGCAGAGAUGGGAGGAGUGGCAAAUGAAGCACGGGAGGAGGUACAGCAGCCAGGGGGAGGAGACGGGGAGGAGGAGGGCGUGGCAGGUCAACCUGGAUCUGGUAGAGGCUCACAAGAGGGGGGACGCCGGCUUGUCAAUGGAGACGAACCAGGUCGCUGACGGGAUGCAGUCUCGACGUCAGCUCCUCAACCCAACUGCACACUCCCCCGUAGUGGACACCCACCAUGACAACGACGUAUCACCAACUCGUCCCAAGUCAUUUGACUGGAGAAACAAGGGAGUUAUCUCCCCUGUUACCAACGUUGAUUCAUUUGGCAAUACUUUCGCCAUUGUUGCUGCAGGGUGUGUCGAGAGCUUCCUGGCCAUUAAGAAUGGUUAUCUGCUGGGGUUGAGCACGUACGAGAUUGUAGAUUGUUGUCCGUUGGUGAAAGAUGACAUCUUUGACUGCAUACACAACUUCGGCGGCCUCUGCGGCGCGACGUCGUACCCUCUGUUUACAGGGCAAUGUAAAAACAACACAUGUCAAGCUGUCGCGAAGAUCAGGGGAGGGAAAGCCGUGCCAGCAGGCCAUGUAAACCGAAUGGUGCAGGUCCUGCUCAAGCGCCCCCUAGCGGUACUCAUCGAUGCCAGCGCAGCCUCGUUCGGGCGGUACCAAAAUGGUAUCUACAACGACACUGACUGCAGCAAUACUAAAGUAAACCACGCCAUGCAAGUGGUGGGAUACGGGGAGGAAGAUGGCCAGGAGUUUUGGAUUUGCAAGAACACCUGGGGUCCUAAAUGGGGCGAUAAAGGCUACGUCCGCAUGAAGAAGGGAGCAGACACGUGCGGCAUUGAAUCCCACGCGAGUUACCCCUACUGACACGAGAUGAUGAAGCCCUGUGUCUGUGUCCAUAUUGGUUUACCGCUCUGGCAAACUUUUUGAUGGUGGUUAAAAUGAAACAAACAGGAAAUGGUUGUUCAAUGUGGGUGUAUUUGAUACGGGUAUUACAGUUAUUUUUGGACUUAAAGUUUGCAGUGUUUCAGCGACUUUUUUCAGCCUUGUAGCGUUUGAUAACGUUUGUACGUGUACACUUUCUUUUGCUUUCUGUAUAUUAUACAAAUACACACACGGUGAGGGGGCAGCCUACUGGGUAAAGCUUUCACUCGUCUCACAGGGGAUCCGUCACCUCCAAGGAUACUAGGUGUGAGACCCAUUCUUGGCGUACUACCAACUGGCUCAAUCAUGCAUGUGCACAAAUGGUUGGUUGGUUGGUUGUUUAACGCAGCACUCAGCAAUAUCCAAUCUAUAUGACGGCGGUCUGUAAAU